AUGCUUGAAGAUGAAGAGGUACAAAAUUUGGUGCACUCUGGUCAAAAGUUUGACCUCGUUAUUGUAGAGCAAUUUAAUACUGACUGUCCUUUGAGUAUAGCAUAUAAAUUGGGAGCACCAGUAAUCGGUGUUACCUCAACUAUGUUGCUACCCUGGCAUUACACCAGGUACGGAGUUCCCUACAAUCCUUCUUACAUUUUGUACGAUAUAUAUAAAGGCGGAACAAAGCCAACGUUCUUGGAAAGGGUUGUUAGAUCCAUAAAUUUUCCAUAUAUAAAUUUUAUUCAAUAUUUAUGCAUGAAAGUUGAUGAUAAAGUGAUUUCGGAAUAUUUUGAUGAUGUACCACCAGUAGCGGAGUUAGCCCGUCAAAUUAAGUUCUUACUUCUCUACCAAAAUUUUAUUGUAAGUGGAUCACAAGUUUUACCAUCAAAUGUGAUAGAAGUUGGAGGUUAUCAUGUUGCAAAACCUAAACAGCUACCCGAUGACAUUAAGAAGUUUAUUGAAGAAUCCAAAAAUGGAGUAAUAUACAUUAGUUUCGGGUCAUUAUUAAUCCCAUCGUCUUUGAAUCGUGAAAGAUUUGAAGCUAUAUUAAAUGCUAUAAAAGAAUUGCCUCAGAGAAUUGUGUGGAAAUGGAAUAAGAAGAUUCCAAACAAGCCAGAUAACUUAUAUGUAUCAAAAUGGAUGCCCCAAAAUGAUAUAUUAGCUCACCCAAAUGUAACAGCAUUUUUCUCACAUUGCGGUUUAUUGGGUACGACAGAAGCUGUGCAUCACGGUGUACCAAUUCUUGGCAUGCCGAUCAUAGGUGAUCAGUUUUCUAAUGCAGCUGCAAUUGAAGAACAAGGUCUGGGACUUCAAAUCGAGAUUAGUGAAUUAACUACGGAGCUACUGCUACAAAAGUUUAAAAUUAUUUUAGAUCCUGCAUUCAGGGCAAAUGUCAAACAAGUAUCCACCAUGUGGCGAGAUCGACCCGUUUCAGCGCUCAAUACAGCAGUCCAUUGGACUGAAUUUGCCGCUCGCUAUCAUAACUUUACAUUUAGACCAGCCGCGGCUGACGUACCACUGUACCAGUAUUUGGGUCUCGAUAUCAUAUUAUGUGAAUUAUUAGCAUUCUCAGUUUUAAGUGCAUUUAUUUUAAGAUAUUGUAUUUUAAUAUUACUAACGCGUUUACGUAAAGUUUAUAAACAGAAAAAAUAUUGAUUUUUCUAUAUGUAUAGUUAAUGAUAUAUUUUCUAUGUUAUAAUAUAACAAUUGAUAUUUUAUUACAA